AUGGCUGACACGAAGCAGGUAGCACAAAGCUCCAGCAUGUCACAGAGUUCCAAGGUCGUCCCGACGGUCGUGAAGCCUCGCAUUGACUGCAUCGAUGGGUGCCGCUUUGCCUUGGUUUUCCCGAUCAUUCUUGGCCACUUCAUUCGCUUUGGUACAGACAACAAGCGAUUAUUGAAGCUGUUGACGCAGGAGAAUGUGCUGGUGGGUGGUUUCUUCAGUAUUUCUGGGUACGUGGCAGCUUACACUACAACCAAGCUAAGAGAGCGAAGUCACGACGCGAAGAAGCUGAAGGAGCCGGAGCUCUUCUUCUGGCAAAAGGUGAUGGGCUAUUAUCCUCUGCAUUUCUUGGUCUCAACUUUGGGUGCGCCAAUGUUUAUAGCUACGGAUCGAUUGAUGAACAACUCCUGGCGAACCACUGGGAUGCAUGCCUUCCUGAACUACAGCCUCCUGCAGGCUUGGUUUCCUUCCGAAGCAGAGAUCUGGAACCCACCCACUUGGUUCCUAUCAGCUUUGUCCUUUGCCAACAUUACGCUGCCAAGCAUUUUGCCGCAAGUAGCCAAAUUGUCGAAGGAUGGCCUGCAGAAACUUUUGGUAGCACUAUCAGCAGUGUCACUCCUCCAGAAGCUGUCAUAUUCACAGGCAUGGAAGUUUUAUUGCUGUGGAGGAUUUGCAGAGAAGACAGCCCAUCCAUACCUUUGGAACGUUACUCGCUUUCACCCAUUUGGUGCUCUCGUGGAGAUUGUGAUUGGUGUAGCAGCGGCAAGGUGUGUGAUGCUUGAUGACGAAAGCCAGAAGCCAUCGAUGAACCCGUUAUGGCUGUUUCUCGCAAGCUAUGCAUCUUUGGGCUUGCGGCUCACAACCUUGAACCUGAAUGACGCAAUGAUUCGAACGCUUCUCUUCAUGCCACUCUACACCAAGUUCCUCGUAGAGAUGCAUAGGGACUGCCUCACCGAGAACCCGCACCGCAUCACUCGCUUUUUCGGAUCGAAGAGCAUGACCUGGCUGGGUUCUUUGGCCUUUCCAAUGUUUAUCUUGCACGGACCUCUUGGACAGAUCUUCUACAAGAAGAAGAUUGCUGAGAAGCUUUGGGGAGGCAUUCUGCCGAAGAGGUUCUUUCCACUCUACUUGCUGCUGGUCAUGGUUGCUGGUCACUUUACCAAUGAGUAUUUUGUGAAGUCCAAGAGGGUCCAGCAGUUUAGCACUAGUUUGGCCCGAAAACUGGCUGACUCAACCAAAGGAAUGCUUAGCGAUUCUGUGCCGUUGAAGAGGAAGCCCUCUUCGGAAUUGCUGGCAGGAGCAUAGGCAAGGUCUCAUUCACCAGGGCUUCGCACGUAGCAACUGCUCACACAGUAACUUUCCAUUCACGGGACCCCUCACUGGAUUCUUCGCUCCGGAUACAUUGAGCAGAGCUGAGGAGAUCUCAGAUCGCUGUAGAACAAACAUGUACCAACACCAUCAGCCGCCAUGAGCGGUAUCCGAAACUCAGAAGUUUGCGCCGGAGUCCGAGCAAUCAGACUUCGAUUGUUUUCAAACAAGAC